UUGUCGGACGAAUCACAGGCCAUCUUACUCGUGGUGGAUGAGGUGGGGGGACCAAUCGCAGGGCGGCUCAUUGCGAGGUUGCAGCUUCCCACCAGCAGCAAGCACCCGCCACUGGCCCCCAUGGACGCACUCACGGAGGACAGAGACGCGGUGGACUUGGAGGAGGUGGGAAUGACGGUGGUGCUGGAGAACGUGGAGAGCGUGGAGAACAUGGAGGGCGUCGCGCGCACCGAGAACGUCGAAUACGCCGAGGUGCAGGUGGAAGAGCUGGUGGGCGGCGGCGGCGACGACGGCGACGACGGCCUUGGCAUCGCCGGCGCCACGGUGCUCGUCUGCAAAGCGGAGGCGUCGGAGCUCUACGGGGAGGAGGAGGAGGGCAACGUUAAGGCCGAGGCCGAGAACGAGGCCCCGGCGGCGGGGAACGCCGAAGACGACGCCGACGGAACCGGCAAAGUCGGCGGCCCCGGCGCCUUCCCCGUCAAGCGGCGGCGGCGUCGCGCGGGCAGGCGGCAGGCGUGCGACCGCUGCGGCGAGGAGGCCGGCAGCACCGCCCUCCUGCGCGCCCACGUCGCGUCCGGGCACUGCACCGCCUCGGCCGACGGAAGCGACGGCAACGGCUUCGCCGCCGCCGCCGCCGCCGCCGGCAAGGCCGGCAGAGGCGGCGGCGACGCUCCCUUCGGCUGCAAGCUGUGCGACCGCGUGUACCGCGACCUGUCCGGGCUCGCCUACCACGAGCGCACGCACUCGGGCGAGCGGCCCUACGCGUGCUCCCGCUGCGACAAGGCCUUCCGCUCGUCGUCGGGCCUGACGCGGCACGCGCGCAGCCACGAGGACGCGCGGCCCUACGCCUGCUCCCGCUGCGGCAAGACCUACCGGGACUCGUGGGGGCUCGAGUACCACCUGAAGACGCACACGGGCGAGCGGCCGUACGCGUGCGGCGAGUGCGGCAAGGCCUUCCGCGACUCGGCGGGCCUCGUCUACCACCGGCGGGCGCACGCCGACGAGCGGCCGUACGCGUGCGCCGAGUGCGGCAAGGCCUUCCGCAGCUCGUCGGCGCUGGCGCGGCACCGGCGGUCGCACGCCGACGCGCCGGGCCACCACUGCGACGACUGCGGCAAGGCCUUCCGGGACCCCUUCUACUUCCGCGUGCACCGACGCUCGCACGCGGGCGAGGCGGCGUCCGCAAAGAGCUAGGGCUCGCCGGCGGCGGCGCCGGUGUUGCCGGCGGCCGCGACGGCCCGCGGGAUUUUUUUUUUUUUUUCCAGUUCGGCCCUUUGGCACGGUGAGGGGUACGGAACGCGCGCGGCGCAGAGGGGGCUGAUGCGUGCGCGUCGUUUCGGGCGGGGAUCGAAAGUCGGAUGUCGGUGUCUCCUCGCCGGGAUGAGUGUGGCCGGCGGUGGCUGUGGCAGCGGCGGUGGUGGCGGUGAUACCGAGCUGGGGGUUUGUGUGUUUCACGCCCGUUGAGCGGUGUUGGUGAACCACAUUGAUGUCGGUAACGGGGGCGGGGGGGGUGCUCAGUUGAUCAACACGCUAACCCCACCGCUCCCACCUCCAGCCCUCGCCACUUUUCCCCGGCCGAGUGCAAGGUGAGCAUUUGUACCGCAGCACAGCCCAGCCGGGCCGGCGGCAACAAACGGCUCGACACUUCGGAGCCGAACUGGGUGUGCGGGGCGCCAAACAAUUAAGCGUCUCGAGAUCCCGGCCUGUUGGUGGCUCGCGAGAGCCGCGUUGCCACCUAGCCGGGAUGACGGGAUCCUGGGACGCCGACCUGGUGAAUGGAGGAGCCGUGUGGCCGUGUGGCCGCGUGGCCGCUGAGAAUUCCUCGCUCGCUCUUGUGAGAAUUCCGGAUAAUCCUCGCCGGUAAAAAAUGUCCUCGUGAAGAGACUGCAGUGCCGUUGAGUUUGGUGCCCUACCCCCGCUGCCGCACCUUCGAUUAGCAUGGCUGGCUAUGUUACGGCGCGAAAUGAGUUCACCACGGCUGGUACCUGCGCACCUUAAUUUGUCUCGAUUUGAAAUAAAAAAUAUUUCUCCGUAGCAAAGAGCGUGCGACAAUGCGGCCUCUCCUGCCUGUGCGAAGGAUGAAAAGACCGCUUGGAAGGAGUUUGAUUUAUUGGAGAAGCCUUGAGAAUCUCUCUCUCUACCGCGUCUUUGACGAAGGACGUACCCACCACGUGAGGUUUCUGACUACACUGGUCUGCUGCAGCCAGAAUGCUUCCGAAAUAAAUAUAGUCCAACUUAACUCAUUCUGGGUCACUGAGAAUGAAAAUGAUGCUUAAAAUUGUUGAUUGGCUCUAGUUUUCAAGAUAUGGUACUGGGUCGGUAUAUACGACCCUUGACUUGGGAAUGGCAGAGGAUAAGUUGGUUAUAAAGGGAAGGGAUCUCAAUUUAAACCAGAAAUGACUAAAAUACAUCUGACUGGAUCUAUGAAUAAAUCUAUGACUGGGUUUGGACAGUAAUUGCUUUUUGAGCAAAACAAUGAAUGAUGCAAUCUGGAUUGCGUCCUAUAUGAUAUGAAUUGUCAUCUUGUUCAUAGAAGUCAUGGAUGAUGCAAUCAUAACUAGGCUUACAUCCCUCUGCUGAACAAAGUGCCCUAUAUCAGCUCUAUAAAUCACAGUGUCGUGCCGUCCUAUUUGUCAGUGUUUGAUUUUGCAAAGGGACACAUUUCUGUUUAGCCAAAGUGAGCAGCGAUGCCUCGUAAUUGUGUGAACAAAGCAGACCACUUCUGCUAUGUUUGUGGUGAAGUGACUUUUGCAUCACAAAAGCGCAGUAUAAUCACGAUGGUUAAGAAAGCCCGUCACCUUUAUUUUGGCUGUAAAAUUGGAGAUCAGCACAAGAGGUGAGUCCCACACAUAUGCUGCAACACUUGUGCAACAAAUCUUUGCCAGUGGUUGAGCAGGAAAAGAAAAUCUAUGCCUUUUGCAGUGACAAUGAUUUGGAGAGAGCCAACGGAUAAUAUCAGCAAUUUUUAUUUCUGCAUGGCGCCUCUCGUUGGGAAAGGUGUGUCAAAGAAAAAGUGGAGUGUGCAUUAUCCGAACAUUCCAUCAGCUAUAGGCCCAGUACCCCACGGAAAAGGACUGCCGGUUCCUGAUGCACCAGAAUCAUUCUCACUUGAGUCAGACGAGGAAGAGGAGCAUGAAACUUCUGGUCCUGAACCAUCAAGGUCACAUGACCCAGAUUAUCUCCCAUCCUCCUGAACCACACACCUCGUAACACAAGGUGAACUGAAAGAUCUUCUUAGGAAUUUGGAACUACCCAAGCGUAAGGCAGAGCACCGUUGGUCUGCAGCAGUGGAAACUCCUGGCAGGUGAUGUUAGGGUUGCCAUGUUCCAUGAUUGUCAACAGGAUCUUGUCUCAUUUUUAUUAUUCUUGUAGCCUGCAACAACAUCGAUGGUGUGAUUGCAGCCUUCAACAUCAUUCAUAAUCCAGAUGAGUGGAGACUGUUCAUUGAUUCAUCGAAGAUGAGUCCUAAAGCUGUUUUGCUGCAUAAUGGCAAUGUUUUGCCAUCAAUUCCAGUUGGUCAUAGAGUCCAUAUGAAGGAAAGCUAUGACAACAUGGUACAACUUUUGAGGUGCAUAAACCAUGACCAACAUCAAGUGGCAGCUUUGUGGCGAUUUGAAGGUUGUUGCUCUCUCGCUUGGUCUGCAGACUGGACUCACAAAAGUACCGCUGUUUUCUCUGAAACUUGGAUAAUCGUGCGAAAGAUUCCCACUACAUCAAGAUCGAUUGGCCACUCCGACAGUCAUUGGAGCCUGGGAGGAAAAGUGUUGAGCAUCCACCACUUGUUGAAUCAAGGAAGAUUUUGUUACCACCCUUACACAUGAAGCCGGGUCUGAUGAAGAACUUUGUCAAAGCCAUGGACAAAACACAAGCAGCUUUCAAGUACCUCCGUGGAAAAUUUUCCAAGGUGAAAUGAAGCUAAGAUAAAAGGAAGGUGCCUUUGUUGGUCCUCAGAUUCGUGAACAACUUCCAGAUUAUGCAUUUGACCGUGUACUACGUGGCAAGGAAAAUACGGCAUGGAAAGCCUUCCAGUUAGUGGCAACACAUUUUCUCGGAAACAGCAAGGCAGACAACUACAGGGAGUUGGUGGAAAACUUCAAGGCAUAGAAAAGCCUUGGUUGCAACAUGUCACUAAAGAUUAAAAAAAUAAAUUUACUCCCAUCUAGAUUUUUUCUCCCACCGAACUGCGGAGCAGCGAGCGACGAGCAUGGCGAGCGAUGUCACCAGCACAUUGCAACGAUGGAGAAACGCUAUCAGGGCAAAUGGAGCCCUUCAAUGCUUGCAGACCAUUGCUGGAAAGUGACAAGAGAUGUUCCAUUUAAUGAAUACAAGAGACAAGCCAAGAACCGCCGAGUAGAUACUGAAUAAGGACUAAACUAUGUACUUGUAUAUAGACACAUUCGUUUUUUGCCUUUUGUUUCAUAAUACAUAGUAUCUAUACAACCCUUUUGCUGAUUUUUAAAGUGCGGUCCCACUUCUUAAAGAGGGGGGACCACCAGGGCAUCUUUCCAAUCCUGUGGAACCCAUCCAGUGGUCCAGACUGUUGUUAUGAUGUCAUGUCGGGCAGUCUGUGCACAAACGCCACCCUCAGCAUUUUGCUUUGGAGAUCAUCUCUGCCCGGUCCCUUUACUGGUCUCAGACUCUGGAUCGCCUUCAGUACUUGUUGUAUAUAUUAGGUGUUGACAAAUUAUAAAAAGAAUAAAAAUUUAAUGAAAAUUAAAAAUGAUAAUUUGUGUAAUUAUGAAAAUUAUGCAUUUAUGCUAAUUCCUUUCUGCUUCGUUGCCUAGGGGUAUUAUCAAUCGUGAUAAUAAAAUGAAGGUGUAAUUGUAUGACGUUAUGCAAGUGUAUGUAAGUAUGCUAAUUAGGCUUGGCUUCGUUGUCUAGGGUUGUUUUAUCCAUCGGGAUAAUACAACAUGUAAUUCAUGGAAUUAUGCUAAUGUAUGCAAAUAUGAUUAUUAGGCUCGGCUUUGUUUUCUCGGGUGUAUUACCAAUCGUGAUAAUGCAAUGAUUCUCGCUUUAACUUUUACCGAUUAUGUUGUAGUGUUUAUGUCAGGUCUCAAAAUUCAGAUCUCACCCCAGGAAACAGUUCUAACAAUUUAGAUUAUUACGCAUGAAGUUAGGAAGCCACCACUCAGACUCUUCUGUGUUAAGCAACUUUAAUAUAAAAAAACAUAACACUCUAAUAUACGAACUCUUAUGCUAGGAAUGUCAACACAGUACUCCUGGAGAUGUCCUCCUGAUUGAUCCGUACAUUUAACCCUCAAUGGUUACGUUUGUAUAACUGGGUAACAGAACAAUCGGCUAAUUCCUCAGAGUAAAGCGAGCAGGAAAAAGUCCUUAAGAAUGAAUGUGACAAUAUCCAUACGAACAGUAAUGAAGAAACAUGUCCCUAAGGCAAAAAUAGUUAACGCACCACCUUCGGAUGGCCAUUUUCGAAACACAAGCAUAACUUUGGAGUAAUCUUAUUAGUCCCGAUAUGUGCGUUAUGUGUGUGUGUGGGUGUAUUGUAUCCUUGUUCAACUCUUUGUGUCAAGCAGACGCCGAGGUGGGGCGAUGAGUCGUGUGUGGGCGUGUCAUACACACGGCGCUCUCUCUCUUAGAGGCAGCUGCAGGCCUCUCUGCUGCUGGAUGAUUGCCGAGCCGGCACGACGCUCGUCCCUGACGGUGCACGAUUGCGCUCGCAGCUCGUCUGCUGGUCGCCGGCGCCGACUUCCUUCCUCGGCUGCGCUGAUCACGUGCUCUCUCUCUCUUUCCCCGUGCUUUCUUCUCCGCUGCUGGAUGAUUGCCGAGCCGGCACGACGCUCGUCCCUGACGGUGCACGAUUGCGCUCGCAGCUCGUCCGCCGGUCGCCGGCUUUCUAGGCUGCGCCGGUCACGCUCGCUCCCUUGCACCAGGCACGGUUGAUGCUUGUAGACUCGACCUUUGUAGGAGUGUGCUCGGCUUCUGAGUCCGCACGCUCGUGGGUAGUCGUGAGCCGCUGCUGCUGGUGCUGUGCGAUGCUCGCUUGGUCGAUGCUUGGCGCUUUUCGCCCUUUCUCCAAAGUUGAUUGCUUGUCGUUGCUCGUCACUCUUUCUCUCUCUUCCUCUCUUGCUGCAGCUGCUGGUGGGAGCCGGCACUCAAUGUAGAAUACAACUUUUCGCGACGCUUCGUCUGUCAGCGCCGACACAUCGCUACUCUGCAAGCCUCGCCAUCCCCUUUCACCGGGUUUUUAUUAUUGUUACAUUUUAUAGCUACUGCCUUGCCCCCGCGCUACAUCCAGAUCAAUUAAAAAAUAUAUAAUUUUGGGCUGAAUCAUUCUUAAUAUAUUUUUUUGGAAAAAGGCAUAUAUAUACAACAUGCUUACUCAACAGAUUGCACCUAGGCCUCGGCAAGGAAAGAUAAAAGGUAAAAACAACGAGCCUACCUUUACCCUACCUUUUACCUUACCACAAU